AGUUUGCGUUAAGAAUCCAAGUAGACCCAGCAGCUGCAAUGCAACUUUUUGCUGGAUUAAUUCUGCUGAUAGCGGUGAUUGGUGCAACUGCAUCCGAGAAUGGACAAAGCCCAAAUCCCAGAAUAGUCAAUGGAAUCAAUGCGCAACCAACUCCGUACAAUGCAUACAUCCUGUAUCUGACCACCAUCAAUGGGGUCCAAUCUGGGUUCUUCGGUGGUGGUUCUUUAAUCUCCGACCGCCACGUACUUACCGCGGCACAAAAUAUUCAAGGAUUCUCCAUGUGGGAAAUCGGACUUGGUAGUACCGUGUUUGGGCAGCUAAUCAAGCAGGUGUCCUCGCAGGCGAUCUCCCAUCCAUCCUUCAACAGCCAGAACCGUGCCAACGACAUCGGUAUUGUAAUUCUGCCCUCUCCGGUUAUUUUCUCGGCAGCGAUUGCACCGAUCGCACUGCCACAGGUGAACCGCCAGAUGCCGAUGGAAAAUGAGGAAGGCAUGGUAGUUGGUUUCGGCUUUACUUCCUCGAGCGACCAAGGUCAAGCCGCUUUCCUGAAAACGGCCUACCAACGGGUGAUCGGCGACAACAGAUGCAGUGGCACGUACCAAAUUCAACUACCGAACCACUUCUGUGCAGAGGAUACGACUCACCGUGGAAACGUGUGUAACGGUGACCUUGGUGCUGGUUUCACUAUCCAGGACCGUCGAAUUGAAACAUUGGCUGGUGUUGCCUCGUUGAUUACUGCUUCUUGUGAUUCUUUAACCCCAACUGGAUACACUCGAGUUUCCGUUUAUCGUCAAUGGAUUCGGGACACCACGGGAGUGUAACAUGCGCCCGUCAUUACAAGCCGUUUAAGCUGACAUGUCCUACAAGGUUUGCUGCUGUAGUGAAUAAAUAUUGGAAUCAAAAG